AUGCAAUCCAAGGAAAGUGCACAACAGCCUUCCCUUUCUCCGCAGCAGCGUCAUCAUCAGCAACAACUGCAUAGGGAAUACAAUAGCCCUGGAAUAUAUCAACAUAUGGUUCCGCAGUUUAUGAAUUCGCAGCCGAUGUACUACCCAACGGGACCAGUGAUGAACGCUCCUCCUACUCCGUUCGAUACGGCAUACGGUGUGACGUUGUUACCAUCACAUUUACUGAUGGGCUCACCGUUUGUGUCGUCACCAAAUCUGUUCCAGCAACCGCAUCACCAUCAACAUGCGCACCAACGUCUUCAGCAAUACAGUCAUAAUCAGUCAAAGUCGUCUUCUGGAAGAAGCUUUGGCAAGCUGGCGACUGCUUAUCCGGUGCCACCUUCUUUAAACUCACCACCGGCAUCUAGAAACGCAUUGCACAAUCGUGGUCCUCGUCGGGGUAGUCAUUACAAGUCAAUUCAGUCUUCAGAUGCAUCUAAGCGGUUUAAGGACCCUUUUAUUUUGACUUACAGAGUUUUACCAAAGGGCAACGACGAGUUUAGGACGAGAUCGUUGCUUUUCGAAAAUGUCGAUGGUUCGAUUGACCUACACUCGUUUGUCACUAAUUUCACAAAUUACGGCCCAGUAGAGAGUGUUUAUCUCUUCAAGAGCGAAGGAGAUCAUGUUUCAAUACUUUUGAGCUUUUUCUCCAAAGCCAUUUGCCUGGAUUUUUAUAACAGCGUCUUACAAAGGCUCUCUGAGUAUAAAUCGGAUCUCGAUUCUAAAGCAUUAACGCUGAGCUUUGUCUCAUUGGAAUACAAAGUUUCAGAUACUAGCGAAGAAGAUAUUGAUAAAGAGGAUGACAGUAAACCUGACGCUUUUAACAUCACGGCUGCUGGUUCACUCCGUUAUGAUGUGAUUAAUAGAGGCGCCACAAGAUCCAUAAUGAUUACAUUCAAGACACCUUGCUCAAAGGAUGAGUUGAUCGACAAGAAGCUAGAAUUCUUGAAGAAAGAAAACAAUACUCGUUACGUAUUGGAAUCUAUCGAUCUAGUGACCGCAGACGAACCAUCCAAGCAUUUUCCACAAAACUAUGCUGUCCUCACAUUUUUGAAUAUCUUCAUGGCUGUAGAGAUACUUGACUACAUUCGAUUACAUUCGCAAAAGCUGGAUAUCUCCAAAUGUUUUUUCAUCUCCAUCCAACCUCAAAUUCCAGAUGGGAAAAGGCUCAGUGUCUCUUCGGCUUCUAACGGCAGGUCGAUGGAAAGUAUAAGCGGUAACUAUAGGAGCAAAAAUGCAAGUGUAACAAGUUUGGAAUCAUCAGGUUCAAUCAUCUCCUUAGAUCAGGAGAUUGAUGAAAUGACAUAUAAGCUACAAAGCGUCAAUUCGAAGAAAAACAUCCUAGAGGUGACAACGAACAAUUACAAGGAUCCUUCAUUUGAAGGCCAUACCGAUCAUUUGACAAAUGUGACCGUCUCAGAGGCAGCUUCGUUGGAUUCGCAACUAACAAUGCCAAGCCCUCAAGAGGUAACAGUUAAUGAAUACGUUCUACCGAACCAGGAUAUGCCAUUACCCAAUGACAUGAAUUAUGCUCCAAGUGUUCAAGAUGUUGAUGCUGUUCCCCCUUCAAUGGUACCCAUGAGUACAAUGCCUAAUACUCCUUACGGCUGUUACAUGCCACCUCCAAAUGUAAGACAAAACGGCAACAUGACGAAGCCUAUCACUCAGAGUUUACAGAGGCAAUAUGCUACUUCCGCUGAAGUUGCAUCUUCCAUGGGUGGCGGGAUUGGAAAUAGGACCGUCUACAUCGGAAACAUACAUCCUCGCUCAAGGACAGAGGAUAUAUGUAACGUUGUUCGUGGAGGUAUCUUACAGAAUGUCAAAUUUCUAGCAGAGAAACGCAUUUGCUUCGUUACUUUCGUAGAGGCAUCUGCGGCAGUGCAAUUCUACACAAACGCAUUUAUUGAUCCCAUUGUACUUCAUGGAAACAUGUUAAAAGUCGGUUGGGGCCAUCAUUCGGGUCCUCUACCUAAAAGUAUAGCCUUGGCUGUGACGGUAGGGGCCAGCAGAAAUGUUUACGUUAGUUUGCCUGAGUUUGCAUUCAAGGACAAGUAUAUUUAUGAUCCUCAGUACGAGGAAUACAAUAAAAAGUUCAGAUUGCCAGACGAAGAGCAAUUGCGUGACGAUUUCAGUCAUUACGGUGAUAUAGAACAAAUCAACUACUUAAAUGAUGGGCACUGUUGUUGGGUAAAUUUUACAAAUAUAUCAGCAGCUAUCAAACUAGUGGAAGAAGUGAAGUACGAAGGUGGUGGAAAUUUCUACAAAAUGCUCGGUGGACGUUACGAUGGUCUUGUCAUUGGAUAUGGUAAAGACCGUUGCGGUAACGUAAAUAAAAAUUUCAUCGCCGGUAAGAAUUCAAGAUUCUACAAAAAAGUUAAGAAGCCUAGCUUCAAUAUUAGAUUGAGUAAGAUGGAAGAAGAAAGAAGACAACAUGAAGAGACUUUGAGGAGACAACAAGAAAAUAACAGUGAAAAGUUUUUGCAAUUCGGAUCACUCGGAAUUACAAUAGACAGUAAUGGUAAAGAAGACCCUGAGAAAGUCGAUGAUGUAGAUUUUGAGGACGAGGUCAAAUUUGAUUCAAACAGUCCAAAGAAAACUGUUGAGCAGGCAAGUGGCAAAGAAUCAGACCAAGAAGAACAGGAAUUAUUAAAGUUAAGCAAUAAGAGUCAAGGGGCACAGGGCUUGAACAUCGUCGAAUCCCAAGGCCAGAGUACAAGAGAAAAGGAAGCUACAAAGCUAACUCGUAAUCACAGUGAAAAUGAUGAGACUUCUGCCAAAUCAGAUGCAUCCAGUGACGUUGAACUUAUAAUAAACUCCCCUGAAGAAGAGGAGAGUAAUUUCAAAAGCAAAAGUAAUAGAGGUUUUAGGAAAAAUGAUAGAAGAAAACUAGCCAAUUGUGCAGAGGGCGCAUCUUCAAAAGAAAGAUUUAAAUCGACAACGAAUGAUGUAUCCUCUGCCCUCUCUUCCUCAUCUCUAGAGGCAAAUCCUCCUAUGGCACCCGCAACCAUAUCACGUAAUUAUUCGUUGAUGUUCAAACAGCAGUACAACCAUGAAAAGCUCAGAGAUUUUGAAGGGGAAUCAUUUGAUGACGAAAGUCAACAGGAAUCUAAUUUCGAUUUCGAAUCGACUCAGCAAACUCGUCGCCGGAGAUACCCAAACAGACGGCAUGGGAAAUCCAUACCAGGGUCUGAUGUCAUGGCUCAAUACCUGGCGCAACUGCAACACUCGACGUUUAUUUACGCUGCUAACAUUCUAGGUGCCUCCAAUGAUGGCGAUAACAAUUACCUAGACGAAAAUGCAGAUUCAUGA